AUGAACACAGAGCUCAAAGAUACCGUCUUGAGAAAUCCUCCUUGGUACCAUGUGACUGGAGCAGAGGAAUUUGAAUUUGGCGGGAGAUUUUCUACUGGAGAGACCCUCACUUUGGGGAACCACAAUUCCCUGGUGUGUGCCUUCCAGGGGACCCUACAGAGAGGGGCCGCUUCUGGAAGGCCCGCGAAGGUGGCCCAGUGGCCUGCCAUCACCGCGGCAGGCGUGCGCCCCGCUGAGGGGGAGGGCAAAGCUCGUGCCCCGUCGGCCACCACGCGGCGGGAACUCGAGGCCCCAUUGGCCGCACCGAAGGGCGUGCGGGGACUCGUGCGCCAACGGCCCGGGCCAGGGCCUGGGGCUGGCGGGCCGGCGGGCGACGGGCCACUCCACCACUUCCACAGCCCGCACUUCCGUCGCGACCAGCCUCAGCUGCUCGUUCACCUCAAGAGGCUCACCAGCGCCAACAAGGCCAAGCUGGCAGCCGGACUGGAGGUGCCCUGUCGUCCGCCCAACCGCUUCCAGCGGCUCCUCAUCACCUCAGCCUCUGCCUCCGCCUCCGCUUCCACCUCCCCUCUGCAGCAUCAGGACCCGCCGCCCCAGCCCGCAGGGCCCCGGCCAGAGCAGCAUGGACCAGUGGCUGUAGGACAAUUUCACCGGUCAUUCCGGCGAGAUAAUUUGUCUCCUUAUUCCUACGUAUCAACUUCAUCCCACAACCACAGCACGUUCCCUCUGAAAGGUUUAGAUCGAACCCCGAUUCCUCCUAGAACAUGGCAGAACUCCCUUGGAAUGCAUCCUGGACAAGUGGAGACAUCUCCCACUUUCUCAGAUAAGGGGGUUCCAUUUCCUGUACUGCAGAGAUUUCCAACUGAGGUUACUUACACGCUUCAGCCCAGCGCCACAUCUGUACAUGUUCAACAAGGUCCUCAAACAAUGGUCAGCUCCUCCCAAAAAUACAGUAACUACACACCCUCGGCGCAGUACUCCCAAGCCUACUACCCGACAGCUGUGCUACAGUGCUGCUCUCCUUCCACCCACAUGGAUGCCCUAAGUAGCUGUGUCACUCCUACUGCCUCUUCCUAUGCACACUGUAACUACUUCCAGAAUCCUCCAAUGCAAUCUUCCUAUCCAGUUGAAUUUCUGCCUUCUAAUUGGCCUUGCAGUGCUACUGAUGAAAAUAAAAAGACAGAAGUAAAUCUAGAGGCUGUCUUUCAAAUAGUAGAUGAGUUGCAUUCCUCCCCUAAAUUGGAGAUGGUAAAGGUGGAGCCUGUUGAGAAUCAGUGUCCAUCAUCUCAGUCUAACAGAGGCCAGCAUAUCUUACCUAACUCAAACAACAGCAAUCCAUCUUCCACAAAUCAGGCUAGCCAACUGGAGCCACUUACUCCUGUAGGCUCAGAUAUUACGUCUUUUGUGGUUGGAACAGAACAAGCAAUUACCUGCUCUCUACCACAGUCACCUGAGUACAUCUAUACCAUCCACACAGCUCAACCUUUGGAGAAUAGCACAAUACAGGAAUCUGCAACCAUCCAGCAAAGUCAUGUCAAAAUGAAGGAGCAGCUAAAUCACAAUCCGUCUCCAUCUUCAGUAGUGUUUGUGCAGGAAGGGCUACCGCUCAGCACACAGCAGGUGGAUAGCAGUAUAAAAUGCCAGGCCAAUCCACAGGAGAAUAUAUUGCCUUCAGAACAAAUGGGAUUCCUUAUUUCAGAAAUGGGGCCUGCUAGCAAGGCUAGUAAAGACACAGGCUUAUCCACUCCAACCAGAUACAGAGAGCGGAGAAGCAACUCACGAGGAAAGUCCCCUGAUCUUCAUCUGCUGGUGGACGUGGCCUGCAAGCAGGAGCACUUUCCAAAGGAGGAAGAGUUGAAAGAAUGAGACGGAGUGGAUGCCAGAUGUGACAUUGUGCACUAGCCACAGCUGGGCGCAGACUAGACUUGCACAUGACAUGCUGUUGGGAUUUUUUCAGUUCUGUUAAGGAAGAAAAAGUAUUUUUUGUUUUGUUAAUUGAGAUUUUGUUAAAUUGAAAAUUGGGAGUUUGGUAUUUCCUACAGCUGUUCAGUUCAGAUUACUUACUUUGACAAACUGCUUCAACAUCUAGCGGCCUUUUUUUUUUUUUCCUGCCCAGAUUCCUUUCAAAUGAAAAGUCCUGGCCUUCAAGAAGCAUCUAAAAUCUGCUCUGUUGAUGGCACUGGAGCAGUGUGUGUGCUGAGUUGGGAUGCCAUUUUGAACAAUGUCAGCACAAUAUCGUCUGUCUCAAGUCACAAUGUGACCCUUUAGAGAAGGUGGUGUGAUAAACAAAGACAUGUGAGGUCACCAAAGUCACCAGUCCAAGUGGGUCAGGAGUUCCAGGGAGGAAGUUCUGGAAAAACUCAUUUUCUAAGUGAUUAACCAAAACUUCUCUUGUUUCUGAACCCCAUGUCCUGUUUCAGGAGCAAGGCAUCCAGACUUGGCCCGUUCAUCAAACUAACAGCCUCUGGUUCUUGAAUAUUAAUGGGAGCAUUUUUUCCCAUUGUCAUGUCUUUCCUUAAUUUGAAUGAUAAAUUGUUAUAAAUAGUAAAAAAGUUUUGUUAAUAUCAUUUACAUAAAUGUCUUCUAAAGAAAAUAUUUAAUUUGUUUAAUUAUAUUUAUAAAUGCUGAGAGAUUUAAAAGUUUUAAAACUUUGUAUUUUUAUUAACCUUGCAGAAUAGAAAGAUUAAAGGGCACGUGUGUAAUUUUAUUUUUGAAGGGUAAAUGUAUAAUAUGUGAACAAAAACACUGAGGUUUAACACAGUGUUUUUUUAUUUUAGAUUUUUACAUUCAACAGUAUAAAUUCUUAUCUAUAGAAGGUAUUGUGUGCAAAUUUGGGGGGAAAUUGCUUCAUUGUCAUUUACCAGAAGCUAUACUUUAAUUUUUAAAAAUUUUUUAUUUUUUAUAUUCUUUAAUUUUUAAGAAGCAGUUUAUUUUUGAAAUACUAAAUAGGUUAAGCUUCUGAGAGACUUCUGGAUAGUGGGGUAGAUGAUCACCAUUUUUCCUUCCCCUCAUAGGACUGUACAUUUGAGUAGUGGAUUGUGGGGCUGUUUUGAAGGUGAAGAGGGACAUUUUGGAUGUCCAGUUUCUGUAGUUGAUCCAUGUCUGCCAAAUGACAGCAAGAACCAGAAAGGUUUGAAAUAUUUCAAGUUGACUAAAACUUUCUUGUUGGAUCUACGUCAGUUUUCCUAAUAAGUGCUGCAGAAACAAAAGGAAAGUCUAUGAAUUUAAAGCUAAUGAAAAAGAAACAGCACUUAACAAUGGCGUAAGCACUGGAUUAGCACUGUAGCUCUCUAGUCCGUUCCUUGUGCUGCACUGUGCCUUCCCAGUGUGAGCAGACCUAGACGUGUAUCAGAGUUCCAGCUGUUUUGGAAAGGGUAAGCUCGAUUGCUCUACAGCGACUCAGUUUAGAUUUGAGAGCAGGUUUUGAUUCAUCUAAUUAGACUAGUUGGUGCUCAUGUCUUGGGCGCUUAUUCAUCGUUACUAGUAAGGCGUGAAAGAUGAACUGAUUAUCAAAACAUGCACAUCUUGUAUCCAUGCCAAAUAUAUUGGCAAAGUAUGUGAAAAGGAGACCCAGUUUUCUAAUGAAGGAACUUUGCCUUUUCUCUGUCCCAUUGAAGAGCUGGUAAGCUGUGUAGGUGAUAGUUCUUCCCCUCAAAUGCCUUUCUUAGCGUUAUGUGUAUUGAAAAAGAUAAUACCUUUUGAGGAAUAUGUGUCAAGCAGGAACCUUGGCACAGACAUGGUUUCAGUGGUUUAAGGCUUGAUCAGUGAAUUGCCUUGAUCAGCUUUGCAACCUUUUGUAUAUAUGAGCACACCAGACAAUGGAGCUGGACCUCCUGCUCUACUCAGUGCCUGGAACCCGUCUCCUAACGCUCUCAUCAGUGGCUUGUGCAAGGGCAGCAGGAAAGUGAAGUCUGCACACAUGAAUGAGCCAGGAGGGCCUGCCUGACACAUGCUAAGGAAGCUCCCGUCCAGCACCUCAGUGCUUCAGCACCUUAAGCACCGAUCAGUUUCAAUCAGUCAACAAUAAAAUGAAUGUUCCAACCAGA